AUGUCAGAACUGAAAGAAAUCCUCGUCAUCGGUGGCACUGGUGCCCAAGGAAGACCAGUUGUCAAGGCUCUCGCGGAAACCAGGCGAUACAGCGUCAGGGUCCUCACCCGUGACGUUGACAACGCCCGCGCAAAGGAGCUUGCCACGCUCCCCAACGUCACCCUCAUUCAGGGCAAACAAGACAGCCAGCAGGAUCUCCACCGCGCGUUUAAGGGUGUCUACGGCGCAUGGGUGAACACGGACGGCUUCACUCUGGGCCAGAAGAGUGAGCUUUUAUACGGCAUCCGCGCGUACGAGAUUGCCAGGCACGAAGGUGCCCAACACUACGUCUGGGCUGGGACUGAUUAUGCGUUGAAGAAGUCAGGAUGGAACGAGAGGUACCACUGGGGUCACAACGAUUCCAAAGGGAGAGUCACAGACUUCAUCUUGGCUCAAGGCCAGGACCGCAUGAAGAGCUCCGUCCUCACGACAGGUCCCUAUAUGGACAUGCUCCUAGACGGAAUGUUUCCGCCCACAGAGCAACCGGAUGGUUCUUUCCUCUGGGCAAACCCUGCCAAGGACGGCAAAAUCCCACUCAUCGCUUUAGAAGACGUCGGCAUCUAUAGUCUCUGGCUCUUUGACAACCUCGACGAUUCCGCGGGCCUGAACCUGGAAGUGACAACCGACGAAGUCAGUUUCGCCGACAUUGCGAGGAUCUUCACCGAGGUGACGGGAAAAAAGGGGAUCCACAAGAGUGUGCCGUUUGAAGAAUACGCGCCGCUCGCGGAGCCGCACCCGGGUGCCUACGUCAACUUUUCCGUCGGUCCGGAGGUUGCUCGCGAUGAGUCGGACAUGACCUGGAGACAGAACUUUGGGGCUUGGUGGCGGUUCUGGGGAGAAGGUAUCAUCAAUAAGAGGGACUUGGCGUUAUUGGACCAUAUUCAUCCUGGUCGGAUUCGGAGCCUGGCUGAGUGGAUGCGGAAGACUGGGUAUGAUGGGAGCCCUCGGCCUGUUCUCAAAGGAGUCGAGGAUUGGAGGAGCAAGCUGCAAGCAGGAUCUAAUUUGGUUUGA